AUGCUUCUUCAGUCUCUUUUCGCAAGCUGCUUUGCCAUUCAGCAAGUCUGGGCCGCCAGCUUUUCUUCCCAGCUUAAACCUCGCGCUACUUGCAGCGGGAAUACGGCAUCCACCAGGUCAGAAUGGUGUGACUACUCCAUUGACACUGACUACACCACCGAGGCCGUCGACACUGGAGUUACCAAGGAAUACUGGCUUGAGUUGACUGAUGUUACUGUUUCCCCUGAUGGCGUCUCUCGCUCAGCAAUGGCAGUCAACGGUUCCAUUCCUGGGCCGACGAUAUUCGCCGACUGGGGUGAUACUGUUGUGGUGCAUGUCACCAACUCCCUCAGCACCUCUCUUAACGGUACCAGCAUGCACUGGCAUGGUAUCCGUCAGAACUACACCAAUCAAAACGACGGUGUCACGUCAAUCACCCAGUGUCCCCUAGCCGUUGGGGAGACGAUAACUUACACUUGGAAGGCUGCUCAGUAUGGGUCGAGCUGGUAUCACUCCCACUUUGCGCUUCAAGCCUGGCAGGGUAUUUUCGGUGGCAUCAUCGUCAACGGUCCUGCUACGGCCGAUUAUGAUGAAGACCUAGGAAUGGUUUUCUUGAACGACUGGGGUCAUCAGACUGUUGAUGAAUUGUACUCCUCUGCCCAGACUAGCGGGCCACCCACCCUCGACAACGGCUUGAUCAAUGGAACGAAUGUCUAUGGUGAUGACGGCAGCUCGUCCCAGACUGGCUCUCGUUUCAAUGUCUCGUUUAAAACUGGCACAUCCUACCGCAUGAGGUUGGUAAACGCGGCGGUCGACACUCACUGGAAGUUCUCCAUCGACAACCACAUCAUGAUGGUCAUUGCGGCUGAUCUGGUGCCUAUUGAGCCGUACGAGACGACUGUUUUGGAUAUAGCCAUGGGCCAGCGCUACGAUAUCAUCGUGACUGCCGACCAAGCCGACGUUGCCGAUAACUUCUGGAUGAGAGCCAUCCCGCAAGCCGCAUGCUCCGACAACGAUUCGACCGACAACAUCAAGGGCAUCGUCUACUACGGAGACAGCCCCAGCACGCCGUCCACAACCGCCUACGACUACACCGAUAGCUGCGACGACGAGACGGACAUUGUGCCGUACAUCUCCAAGACGGUCGACGACGCCAACUGGAGUGACCUGGAUACGGCCACGGUUGGCAGGAACACGGCCGGCCUGUUCAAGUGGAUGCUCAACAGCACCAGCAUGCUCGUUGAAUGGUCGGAUCCCACGCUUGCGCAGGUCCUCAACGGGUCAACCGAGUACGAGACUGACGAUGCCGUCAUUGAGCUAAGCGAGGCCAACCAGUGGGUUUACUUUGUCAUUGAGACUACUUUGCCGGUUCCUCACCCUAUUCAUCUCCACGGCCACGACUUUUUCAUCCUUGCGCAAGGGACUGGCACUUAUUCGUCCUCUGUGACUCUCAAUACUGCCAACCCGCCUCGUCGUGACACGGCUGUAUUGCCGGCGGCGGGAUACCUUGUCAUGGCGUGGGAGACUGACAACCCUGGUGUGUGGCUGUGCCACUGCCACAUCGGGUGGCACACUUCUGAAGGGUUUGCUCUGCAGUUCGUGGAGCGGGCGAGUGAAAUCCCUGACAUUUCUGACUCGACCUAUGUUUCAGACGUUUGUGAUGCCUGGAGUACCUUUGAGGAGGAGCACGCGAUUGAGCAGGAGGAUUCGGGUGUAUGA